UCGACUCAUUCACUCGCCGCGAGAACUCCGAGGGGAGAGGAAGUGUGUCUCCGCUCCCCACACUUGUGACUGUGGGCAAGCGUGUGAGGUGGGGCUGUGAGGGAGGGCACGCCUUACCCUCUCUUAUAAACGAGUGACGGGGGAAAAUACCGCCCAGGAAAAGUAGUGCAAUUGAUAUUAGUGAAACAAAGAGUCCCCCCCCCCAUGAAAAUUUGAGGUGUAGUAGUUUCCCCUCAGGUUAUACUCUCCAUGGUAAUUCCGACGUAACAAAAUGGGGAACCAACCGGUAUGUGGUGGAGGACUUGGGCCGGUGGAGGAGCAAGGGUGAGCAUGCCCUGUGUGCUGGUGGUGGUCAGGUCGAGGUCCUCCUCCAAGGUCAGGGUGGGCAGCCGGCCUAUUGUACCUCAACCACCCCCUUGUCUCUACCACCAUCGUUAAUAACUAUCACUACCACCAAGACCACCACUCCAAGCCAAGAGAGAGUGUGCUUGUGGGAGGCUGGCAGAGACGGUUGUGCUCACACUGCUGCCCCGAGUGUGGCAGGGUGAUGGUCUGACUCGACCAGUGUGGUCAGGCCGGACACCACAGUGGUCACCCGGACUCUGGCCCAACCGUUAAGUCAUCUCACUGUCUUCCUGGGUGUGUGAGCAGCGAGUAUCGCACUAGUUAAGUGCGUGGAGGUGCUCCCCAGUAGCCUGAGUGUGUUCAUUUAAGUGUCAAAUAAGUGUUUUUUUGGGGGGAGGGAGGUGGGAAGCACUCACACCGGGCGACCAUGGCUCACCAACACCCUUGUUCCGUUCGAACGGAAUUCGAACGGGCGGCGAUUAUUUAAGUGGCAGUGAACGCACCGGGCCACCAUACAUCUCGCCAGAAAUUCACGGAAAACGGACCGCGGCCGUUUAGAUAAGGGAAAGAUGUACGAGUGGAGAUAAUGUGCCGUUGUUGUGUUGUAGUGUAGCCCGGCCGGGGUCUUCUGCAGCGGGUGAGGUAGCGCGCCGUGCCGCCGCACACGCUGGCCAACCGUUGUGACGUGCCUGGUAAGCGUCUAGACGUCUACCACCACCAUGUUGACUACGUAGACGUGUACCACCAGCACGUCAAACAAGUGAAUGGUUCCCGCAUAUACCAAAAUGAAGUGUUGUAAAUGAUGUGGCGAACCCUGUGAGUGUUGUGAAUAUUCGCUAAAGUGUGUAUAAGACCGAAGGAAGAGGAAGAUGGAGUGAGUCUGCGGAGAGGAAGACAUAAAGAGAAGAUAACGUGGUCUGUGAAGGACCAUGGGUGACGGGCCUCUCCUGCACCACCCAGGAUGGUGGCUCCUGCUUCACAUCUUCGCCCUUACACCCGGACACGAUGGACGGGUGCUGCCAACGGACAUCAGGCAACGGGUGUUUGACAACGGGACGCUUAUCAUCUCCCAGACCCAGCGGGACACGGAUGGCGGCCGCUACACCUGCCGCGCUUCCAACAGACACGGACACUCUGCCUCCAGGGACGUCACCGUCACCGUCACAGUGCCCCCGAAGAUCAUGCCCUUCUCCUUCGCCAACAACAUCCUGAGUGAGGGCAACCGCGCCUCCCUCACCUGCCAGAUCCUCGAGGGUGACCUUCCUGUCAGCUUCAGAUGGGAGAAGGAUGGGGGGCCAGUACCUAUAUACGAUGGCAUCACCACUCGUCUCUUGGAUGACUAUCAGACACAACUGGUCAUUGACCGUAUUUCCUCCCGGCAUAACGGCGAGUAUACCUGCCUUGCUUCAAAUGCAGCUGCCACCAGGCACUACACUGCCAAACUUACAGUUAAUGUCCCACCACACUGGGUGACGGAACCUCAGGACAGUGGAGCGGCACAAGGUAGCACGGUCACGCUCAACUGCCAGGCGGAUGGUUAUCCUUCACCCACUGUCACCUGGAAGAAGGCCAUUAUGGAUGACAAUGAUAGUAGUGGCAGUGGCAGCAGUGUGGGUGGCAGUGGUGGCAGCAGUGGACAAGGGGACUACCAAGAAUUAAUGUAUGGAGCACAUGUGGAAGUGUUUAAUAAUGGGUCGGUGGUGUUUAGGAAUGUUCAGAAGGCAAUGGAGGGAAAAUAUCUUUGCCAGGCACGUAAUGGGAUUGGCGCAGGACUCAGUAAAGUCGUCUACCUUACUGUAAAUGCUCCAGCACACUUUCCGGAGAAGAUGGGUCGAGUGGUAGUGAGACUGGGUCAGACAGCAAUGUUGCGUUGCCCAGCCCAUGGUGACCGCCCCAUAGAUAUUCUGUGGUCAGUUGAAGGUCGUCGCCUAGACCCUCAUGCUGAUCCUAGGGUCGAGGUGCGAGAGGAAUCGAUCGAGGAUGGACUUGUCUCCAAAUUAGCACUGACCUCGGCUGCAAGGACACACUCUGCGACCUACACGUGUCAUGCAGCCAAUGCGUUUGGUCGAGACACUCGAAACAUAGAGCUAGUUGUGCAAGAGGAACCCGAGCAACCCAAGAACCUACGGGUGGUGGAGACGCACAGUCGUCGGGUGAAGCUCUCUUGGAUGGCGCCCUAUAAUGGCAACUCUCCCAUUCAGAACUACCUCAUCCAGUAUAAGUUAGCAUCUGAGCCAUGGCCAGGUGUGCCAGAACAGCUGAGUGUGCCGGGGGACCAGACAGAAGGCAUCAUCCAUAAGUUGACCCCUGCUACUGCCUACCACUUGAGGGUCACGGCCCAGAACACUCUGGGGCUCGGCACUCCCUCAGAAGUCAUACAGGCUGCCACUGAUGAGGAAGAGCCAUCAGGGUCUCCUUUAGACGUGCGCGUGACUCCCGAGUCUUCAACAUCCCUGCGUGUGACGUGGGAGCCACCAGCCAGAGACUUGUGGAAUGGCAAUAUACUGGGAUAUUAUGUAGGGUACAGAACUCAUGCUCAUGCUGCUGACUACAACUUCCAGACUGUAGAGGUUGGAUCAGCAUAUGGUGGGAGUUCGACGUUAUCUGGGUUGCAGCAGUACACCAGGUACGAGGUGGUGGUGCAAGCCUUCAAUAACAGAGGUGCUGGACCACUCUCUACUCCUGUCAUUGCUACAACUGAGGAGGAUGCCCCCAGCUUACCCCCUGAAACAAUACGGUGUGAGGCAACCUCCCCACAGAGUGUGUCAGUAGCCUGGCGGCCGCCUCCUGUCAGGGGGCAGAAUGGCUUAAUUAAAGGAUACAGAGUGCUCUACACACCUGCAUCACAAUAUUCAGAUGAAGAAGCACAGGCAGAAACAGCAGCAGAAAGUACCAAUAUAUUUAAUUUGGAAAAGUAUACAAAUUACAGCAUUAGUGUCUUGGCUUACACAAGUGCUGGUGAUGGAGUGCCUUCCCAACCAAUAUUCUGCAGGACACUUCAGGAUGUGCCAGAUUCUCCAGCAGGGAUUAAAGCUGUUGUGAGCUCUUCCACUACCAUCCUCGUGACCUGGCUGGCUCCACUUAAGGUCAAUGGUGUCCUGACCAAGUACACUCUCUACAUGGCAGUCACCAGUAGUGAGCAGAGGAUGAGAGAAUUACCAUCACGAACUCUGGGCCCAGGAGAAACAUCUUAUGUUGCUGAGGGUGUGAGCACGAGAGACAAGUAUGAGUUUUGGGUAUCUGCUUCAACCCAGCGAGGGGAAGGAUUAGCAACUAAGAAGGUUGAAGUCCACCCAACAAGCAAAGUAUCAGCACAAAUUGCAUCAUUUGGAGGCCCACUGGAAGUUGCUUGGAAGGAAGACGUCCGCCUCCAGUGUCAUUCUGUUGGAGAACCGCCCCCAGACAUCACAUGGAAACAUAAUGGAAAGAAGAUUUUACCAACUGAUAGAAUUCAGGUACGACCCAAUGGAUCCUUGUUUAUUCGUGAUGUACAGAAGACUGAUGCAGGAAACCUCAGUUGUACGGCUGCCAACACUCAUGGUGCUGACAGCGUUACAUACAUACUUACAGUACAAGUCCCACCAGCCCCUCCUACACUGUAUGUCCAAGGUAGCUCAAGGGAUGCUCUUACUCUGCGCUGGAGCUUGAGGCCUCACCAUGCACCAGUCCGAGGCUACAUCAUGAAUUACAAGCGGGAAUAUGGGAAUUGGGAAGAGGUGGAGCUUCACACAGCGAGGACAACCCACACCCUGUCGGGUCUCGUCUGUGGCUCCCGGUACCAGUUAUAUGUGACAGCUUAUAACAAGGUGGGCACUGGCCUGCCUUCAGAGAUCCUCACCACCUCCACCAAGGGUUCAGAACCUGUGGUGCCGAGUCGAUCUCGCCUCUUGGACGUCAACUCCACAUCAGUGUUGGUGCAUCUCAGUACAUGGGGUGAUGGAGGAUGUCCUAUUCUCUAUUAUGUCAUAGAAUAUCGUGCUUCCUCGUCCAGGGAUUGGAUUUCUGUAGCCAACAAUGUUGCUGCCAAUGAAAAAACAUAUGUGAUCCGGGACCUGACACCUGCCACACGUUAUGCUGUCAGAGUUACAGCUCACAACCACGCUGGUUCCAGUGUGGCUACAUAUGAUGUCAAAACAUUAACUCCUGAAGGAGUGUUGUUGCUAGAUGAAGAUCCCCCCAAUGGAGGAGUAGCCUCGCCGCCCCUCUACCAGGACCUGAGGGUCGUCAUACCAGCAGCAGUAGUAGUGGUCAUUGUCAUUGAGGUCAUCAUGGCAAUUGUAUGUGUCUUCAGGAGGAGGAAGAUGCGUGAGCGAGGAGGCUCAGGAGGGAUGGCAGAGUCUCCCUCCACAGCACAAAUACAGAACCAGCAGAACCAGCACCAGCAAUAUUCCGCACUCCCCGUUACCACACCAUCUACCCAAGAUACUGCCACCAAUAAGGAAUCAUCUGGUAAUGGAACAGUUGAUGAUUACAUUGAGGACAUCUGCCCAUAUGCAACCUUCCAGCUGCCAGCAGUGCCAAAGAGUCACUAUGGGGAGAGUACAGACUCAGGCAUUGUCUACUCUGGACCAUAUCACUCUGUCCAAGGUGCUUUUGUGUAUCAUGAUCCCAAGAGGACCACAUUAGAGACUUUUCCAUUAAGACAUCAAAAAGAACCAGAGUACACCAAAGUGAGGAGAAAAGGCAGAAGAGACCCUCACGUAGAGAGCACAGAGUCUGACAACCUAGGCAGCACAGACUCUGAAGUGAAAAAAAUUCUCUCUCUCCAUAUGCCCAUUAGUGAGUAUGAUACUUUAGGGAGUGAUUCAGAAGGUCCGGGAACCAGAGAUUCUCCGCCAACCUUUGCCGAGUCUGCAGGCUUGGCGCAUGCUCAUAUCCAUGCCCACCCUGCCCACAGCAGCAGAUCGUGUCCUGAGUCUGCUAUAAGCCAAAUUCGCAGUAGCACUGAUAUAUUCAAACACCGAGUUAGGAGUAGACAACAGGAACCUAUUAAGUCCCAAGAGAACAGCAGCUCAUCGACCGACACGUCUAGUUCAGGUCGACGAGCACACCCGAGGAGGGGCAAGAAAUCCACUAAAAGACAGAGCCGCUCUGCUUCACGCACAGGCUUUGAGGAAACUUCUUUCAGCCAUCCCCCCAGUGAGAGACUUCCUCCUAGUGAGCGCCUUUCUGCUUGUAGGCCACCUCCUCCGCCGCCCCCUCGUGGAUUUUCAGACAAGAGAGUUGAGUUCAGUGAAACAGAAUGUGAUCGUGCUAACAAACGAGGGGCAGCUGGACCAUCUUCCAAGUCUCACCACAUACAGAAGUAUUAUAAAGGAGCAAGACCUCGAGAAUCGGGAUAUCAGAUCAAUGUUUAGAACAAUAAACUGAAGCACAUUAGUGUUAACCAUUUGUUUAGUAACAGUAAACCCCCCAAGCAUUCUGAUUGAUAAUGCAAAGUCUAAUGGAGAAUUAGAUAAAAACAUCCUGGCUCAUCUACAUAGUGAUUAAUGAAUAUUCUGGAAGGUACUCAGGAUAUUGUCACCUGUUAUCCACCCUUCACGCAGUGAGACAGUGAGUGCCAGAUAAACCUUUGAAAAGUUAGCUCGAAACGUUCUGAGUUUCUUCUUAUUAUGUAAAAACGAAUUUGUUAUAAUGAAUGACAUAGUCAAGAAAGUUUUAAAGCUAGGUGAUGCAUCUCUAGGAGAACUUUGUUGAUAAUUUUGUUAUAAUUUAUUUAUUUCAUAGUUGAAUUUUGAGCACCAAAGGUGGUUAAACUCAUUAAAGUGUUGCAUAUU